GUCGUUUCCCACGGCUGCCAACAGCUUUGGGUAACCCGUCACAUGAGCCCUGAUUCGAUGCAACUUAUGCAUGCACGAUACAGUCCAAACCGUCGUCGUCGUCGUCGUCGUCGUCGUCGUCGUCGGAGCACCACCGGAUCCCCCGUCCAUCUCGCAAAUUCGCGAUCAAUGCCCUGUCAAUGCCAAUACCAACGCCAACGCCAAUGCUCAAAAAUCCCACUCCUUCGUACUCGUGGAAUCCUUUCGCCCGCGCAUUUUCCUCUUCCAUCCCUGACUCACGCUCUAGCCCUUCGACCCAUCCCGCGUGCUCUUGGCUUCAGUCGCGCUUGACAAAGUGGCUCUGUCCCAGCCGAAAGAGUGGUCUUGGCCCGUACCUCCACCCAUCUCCACAACGGCGUGCUUGUGUGGUGUGGCUGUGGCUGAGCGCCAGAAUGGCUGUGUAUGACUGACUGACUGACUGUAUGUCAUCGGUCGUUGGAGUACUACGUAGGUAGAUGUCAUAUUGACCACUACAUCGUACUAUCCAUCUA